CAGCAUGUUGCUGUUAAAAAAAAUUUCCCGCAAUAUUCUUCACGUUUGUCUUGAUAAGCUUUAAAUUUUCCAUAGCAUUCCAAUUGUAUUAAUCGCGAAUUAUGAACCACGUACUUGAAAUCGGGUCAAAAAAACCCAUCAUAAAAAUUAAGCAAACUGAUUAAUUUUUCUUCUACAGGAAGACUUUCUAUGAACUGCACUGUUUACUAUAAAUUAUGGCUCUCAAUUCAUUGGGUAUGUCAGUCAAUUGAUACUCUUCAACUGAAUAAAACAAAAUGAAUUACGAUAAAGUUUUCAUUCUUAUAGUGAAUGUGAUUUUAUUCACCAAGUGUGAUAUUAUUCAAAUCGAAGAUGGGUAUUUAGAAGGAAUGGUUAUGACUUCUCGGAAGGGAGUCGAUUUCCAUGCAUUUAUGGGAAUUCCUUACGCAGAACCGCCAGUUGAAAAUUUAAGAUUCCAAGCACCAGUACAAAAUAAGAAUUGGGAGAAUAUUUUAAAUGCAACGGCUUACAGUCCAGCAUGUAUGCAAACAUUCAACUCUAGAUUUGGAAGAUCUGAGGACUGUUUGUACUUGAACGUUUUCACUAGAAAUCUUGAUGUCAACGCUUCUAAGCCUGUGAUAGUCUUUAUUCAUGGUGGUGCUUUCCGAAGUGGAUCUGGCGGUAAUCAUGGGCCCAAUCAACUAUUAGAUCGUGAUAUUGUCCUUGUUACUAUAAACUAUCGAUUAGGAGCAUUUGGGUUCUUAGCACUAGGAACUAAAGAAGCAACUGGAAACAUGGGACUUAAAGAUCAAGCAAUGGCAUUAAAAUGGGUGCAAAGAAAUAUUGUAUAUUUUGGAGGUGAUCCAAAUCUAGUAACACUUGCCGGUACAUCUGCUGGAGCUCAUUCAGCAUCCGCUCAUUUAGUCUCGGAAAUGUCAUCAGGUUUGUUCCACAGAUUAAUAUCAUCAAGUGGUGCAAUAACAUGGCAGAAUGGUUUUGAAAGCGAUGGAAUCGCAUCUGCUAUCAAAAUGGCUGAAAGACUCAACUGCUCUACAAAUGUAUCUGAAAUGUUCGAGUGCUUCAAUCAGCGAACUUCCCAAGAAAUUAACGUGGCAGCUUCGAUCAACUUUUAUACCUGUCCUUUUUUGCCAUGGGUUCCAGUCAUUGAACCUGAUUUUGGUCAGGAACGAUUUUUCCUCGACGAUCCCAAUACUUUGAUUAGAAGUGGUAACUUUGCAAGAGUUCCAAUAUUAACUGGAAUCACUACUGAUGAAUUCAUCUCACCAGUAGUCACUCUUUUAAGUAAUCCCGAUUCUCUUGAGCAAUUGAAUGACAAUUUUACACAGUUUGCACCUAUUUGCUUUGCAUUUAGUGGAACCGAAAUCACAACAGAACAUGAGUUUGCUAGAACUUUGAAAAAUUACUAUUUACCAUUUGAAAGCAUCAACAUUACAGCCUUCAAUAGCUUGCGUCUGUUAAAUGCUGAUGGAACUAUUGGAUACGGAGUUCACAGACUUGUUCGCUUUGCAUCUCCACAUACUGAUGUUUACUACUACAAGUUUUCAUUUAUCGGGCGAUUUAGCAUUUUCAAUUAUCCAGGAAAUAAACCAUAUGGAGUUCAUCAUGGUGAUGAUACUCAAUAUUGUUUUACAAGUGGCAUUAUGGGACCGAUCAAUGAAGAUGAUCCAGAAAACACAACAGUUGAAAGAUUGACAAGAAUGUGGGAACAAUUUGCUAUUCAUGGAAAUCCAAAUGAUCAAGAUGAUGAGUUCUUAGCCGAAAUGAACUGGCCAAAGUAUGAUGUAGAAAAUGAAUACUUCCUUGAUAUUGGCAAUCACUUGGUCGAAAAGCAAGGAUUGUAUCUUGAGCAACCGCCAGUUGAAAAUUUAAGAUUCCAAGCACCAGUACAAAAUAAGAAUUGGGAGAAUAUUUUAAAUGCUACGGCUUACAGUCCAGCAUGCAUGCAAACAUUUCCUUCUAUACUGGGGAUAUCUGAAGAUUGUUUGUACUUGAACGUUUUUACCAGAAGUCUUGAUGUCAACGCAUCUAAGCCUGUGAUAGUUUUUGUUCAUGGUGGUGCUUUCCAAAUUGGAUCUGGUGGUCAUCAUGGUCCUACCCUUCUUCUAGAUCGUGAUAUUGUCCUUGUUACUAUAAACUAUCGAUUAGGAGCAUUUGGUUUCUUAGCACUAGGAACUAAAGAAGCAACUGGAAACAUGGGACUUAAAGAUCAAGCAAUGGCAUUAAAAUGA